AUGGUUUUUGAAAUAUUUGCAUCACCAGAUAUUCUAGUCAUAAUCUAUGAAAUUAUUGGUUUUUUGAGCAUUCCAGUCUAUAUUCUUGGAUUUUAUUGUGUCAUCAAAAAAUGUCCGAAAAGUAGCAAAACUUUACAACGUUGCAUGUUGAUGACGUGUUUUUGGAGUGUUAUUCUAGAUAUAAAUAUGACUAUUUUUGUGAAACCGUUGCUUAUGUUUCCCGAAUUUUGUGUGAGCACAUUAGGUGUAUUGAACUAUAUAAAUUUUCCAAAAGAACUCCAAUGUUUUUCAACAAUUUUCGCAAUGGCUGGAGUUGGAGUAUCUUGUGUUUGUAUCAUCGAAAACCGAUACCAUCAUAUUAAAAAUAUCCGAUAUACUCCUUUCACUGUUCAAGUAUUUUUAUAUUCCAAAAAUCUGUCGCUCACAAUACUUUUAUUGAUUUCUGUAUAUUAUUAUAUUCCUGAACAACAAAAUGCGAAGAGAAUUGUUUUUGAAAAACUUCCAACAUUAGAUCCAGAAUUAUAUUCUCUUGAAGUGUUUAUUUUAUCAAUCGAUAAAUUAUUCACACUAAUUCAAUUUGUAGUUCUUGUUUUCUACAUAAUCGGUCAAUUUUUCAUGUUUUUCGCAUUCACGUAUUAUGAAUUAUUUAUGAUAACAAAUAUCGCAAUGAGUGCAUCAACUAGAAAAUUUCAAAGAUUAUUAUUUAUUGAUGUCACAAUUCAAAGUGUCAUUCCAAUAUUAUGUAUUUGUAUACCAUUCAUAUUUUUUGCAGUCGAUGGAUUUGCUGAUUAUUAUAAUCAAGGGCUUAAUAAUGUUAUGCUCAUUUUGUUCAGUUUACAUGGAAUUGUUAGUGUAUCUACAAUGGUUCUAAUUCAUAGACCAUUUCGAAAAUUUGUAUUUAGACAAAAAUCUGGCAAUAUUUGGAAUAAAAAUAACGAGAAUACAAGACUUCGACAAGCUUCAAUUGCAUGGAUGACAAGUACUUAA